UUUAAUGCAGCCGAAUGUUCACACGAAUGUCGCGGUAACAGAGAUAUCGUUUCUCGUCACUUUGUUUUCAUUUCUUGUCACCGGUCUCCAUCUGGUCCUUAUUCAGUCGCAGGAAUUGAGUUUUUUUCCCUGUCAUUGUCCGCACAUCCGCUCUCUGCUUCCUUGUUGAGAAAUUCAUAAAAGAUUCUUUCGCUCGCUUAAAUACAUAAAUUAUAUAAAUUUCUUUCCGCACGUCGUGCGCGGUAUCGAAAAAUUGAGAAAGCAACGGCCUCAGCAAUACCUACCGUUUGGAGAAAGCUUACAAGUCUUCAAACACCCUGUAUAUAUGACGGGCGUAUUCUCAGUCGUGUACGCAUGUUUAGUGAAACGUACACCGACACCUGUGCCCACCACUGAUAUUUAUGUUACGGAGGAGUACCGACGUUGCAAUUUCCUACGGAACGAGAAACGCCGAUCGUAACUUCUGCUUGACCGAGUUAGCUGUUGCGUAUCCUAUUUAAGCCGCGACUGUUCCCUUCACAAAGAAGAUGUUACGUGGUUGUUUGCGUCUGAGCGAGGCGCCGUGACCAUUAAGAAUUAAUCCACUCCGGAAUGGCCAAGGUCUCGCGAAACGAAGUUUAAGGGCCCGCGCUUUCCUCUUUACAACGCUCGUUCGUACGAAUCGGGAAAAUCAGACGGCGGAGUUCCGCGACAUCGAAAUACGAUCGGAUCUCGCGUGAUCUCUUUAGCUUUGGAAUCAAAAUAAAGAAAAAGGAAAAGGAAAAACAAUCCGCUCUGCUCGCUCGCACGCAGCUCAAAGUUCACAGCGUCGAACAUUUGACGUUCCCGAGGCGUGCUUGCGCGCGUUACGUAAGAAAGGAAAUAUCGUCGUCGUAAUCGAAUGGAGUCUAUUCGUUUAUCCGGCGAUGCGCGACGUUACGAUAUUGCAACCACGCGAAUUGACAUUGCGCCGGGAACGAAUUUCGCGUAACUGAAAACUGUAACAGAGGUAAUGGAGUGUGCGGGAGAGAGGAGGAGACGGAGACGCCUCUCGGGCUUUACGUUUCGGCUCGCUCGAACGACAGCCAUGGAUAACCCGUCGUUACCUUCGAAUCGCGCGCUUAUCGCAUUAGCGAGAUGGCUUAUUAACUAGAGUGGAACGGAAUUACGGUAACGCGAACGCCUAGUCCGCCGUUACGUCUAAGGCUAACCGCGCUUAAACUGCACGAGCCUACCUGCCCGAACUCUUUCACCUUUUCUCUUUGUCUUUUCUCUUUACUGUCGUCGAUUGCCGACCGCUUAUCAAUACCGCUAUAAUCAUCGGUGACAUCGAUACUAUCCCCGUCCUACUUGAAAUUUUCGCGAUCGAGGACACGGGAGUGCGAAAGAAAGGACUUCGGGAAACGUCCGAGGUGUAAACCGCUACGUGAAAUGAUAUUCCGUCGCGCCUUUUAUUUUUUCCGACUUUUCGACGCGCGACUGUAAAUUUGUUUGUCGCGAUGACAUCGAGAUUUUAUCUCUUUGGAGAAAAACACCUUAAUUUAUCAUCUUAAUUGAAAUUCCACACGACGUCCUCAAUUACGUGUUUACGUUUUUUCAGCGUAGAAUGAGAGCAGCAUCACAGGGAGAGGGAGAGGAGAGAGUUCUAAUCUGCUGGUUAGCAGUUUCAUCAAGUUCUCUCUCUCUUCCUCGCGCGCAUGUAUACACACACGCACGUACGCACGCACACACAAAACCUAACAACCUAGUUCCGCCUAUACCGCAUAUUUUCCUCGCAGUCGGGGUAAUUAUUUUAUGUGUUCGUGCAUCGAAUUAGCAAAGGGGGUCAUCGUAAAAUUCAGAGAAUCGCAUUCUCCGGUCAGAUUCAUUUUCCCGUUGCCGUCGAGAGAUGGGGAUCACUGCAGCGAUUCUGCGCCCCGCGGCGCUUCUCUCGCGAAAUUUCGGCCGAGAAGCCGCGUCACAACACGUCUCCUCGGAAGCCGCAUUUUGCUCAAGACGAUUAAGCACGACUGGGUGUCGCCGGUCGUGCCGUAUCGCUUCGUCAGCGCGAGUCGUUCGCGCUUAUCAGAAUUUUACGCGCCGAUUCCGAUAAUCUUCUAACAUUCGGCGGGUCCAAAUCGCCGCGCUCUCUUGCUCCGAGAGAGCGAGGACACGUGGAGGUACAAAAUAAAAAAAGAGAAGAAAAUGACACCUAUUUAGAAUUACUUUACACGAUGUCGGUAUUGACCGGGGCCUCUCUGUACAGGUCGUGAGUCUGAAGCUUGUAAGAACGAGAGAGAGAGAGAGAGCCUGCGCGUCUUUACGUCGCGCGUAAAUCACGCACGGACUUUUACGAUCGAUCUUUCGCGCAUUGAAUUCUACAAGACGAUGCACGUAGGCGAGAUUGCGAGAACGUUUGGGCCGUCCAGGAGAGAAGAAUGGCACUUUCCUCGGAUGUGAUAUUUCUGAAUUUACAUAGAGUAUCCCAGGAUUAACGUCCGUUUCUUUCUUUCUCUCGUCGCUCUCGAACGUUACGAAAUAUCCUGCUCUAAAAAAUUGUCGCAACUCCGCUCCGCUGAUCAAAAAAUAUUCUGUACUGUAUAAAUCGAUGUAGUCAAAGUAUCUCAUUCUCGAACGUCCCUCAUUUUGGGACGUAAUAAAAAAAAAGGAAAGGGACCGGUCGACCAGCUAAAAAAUCGUAUCUCCGCCCGCGCUCGCGAGGACGGUUCUGAUGGUACGCUCGGGAUCGCCGUCGAUGCACCGGCGAUCAUGCUGAAGUGGGUGCACUACUGCCCGUUGCCGAAAGAUCGUGGGAUCGCGUCAUCGGACGCGAAGAUGGUCGUGCCAGGUGGUGGCGAGACGACGGACGAGAAGGCGGACGAAAGGAAGACGAGCGAACGAAGAAAGGACGGCAGCGGCACGGUGCGAAGUGCGCGAAACGCGAAAACCGCCACGCCGGACGCUAUCAUGAGAAGAUGCUUCCGGUUCGGGGGUUCGGAUCCGAGGGUAGCGACCUGUAGAGGAAAGCUGCAGAACAAGCGAAGCAAGCUCAAUCAGGAGAUCAACAAGGAGCUGCGGCUGCGAGCGGGCGCGGAGAAUCUUUUCAAGGCGACGACGAACAGAAAGCUGAAGGAGACCGUCGCGUUGGAGCUGAGCUACGUCAACUCGAACUUGCAGUUGUUGAAGGAGCAGCUUGCCGAGCUCAACAGCUCGGUGGAGCUUUAUCAGAAUGUCGACGGCGAGGAGCCCGUUAUGCCGAUGAUACCAUUGGGACUAAAGGAGACCAAAGACAUCGACUUUCGGGACCCGUUUAAGGACUUCAUCUUGGAGCAUUACAGCGAGGAUGGCGAGAACUACGAAGAAGCUAUAGCCGAUUUGAUGGAAACCAGACAAGCUACAAGAACACCGACAAGAGACUCGGCAGGGAUAGCGUUGCUGCUGCGUUAUUACAAUCAACUCUACUUCAUAGAAAGGCGUUUCUUCCCGCCCGAUAGGAGCCUCGGCAUCUAUUUCGAAUGGUUCGACUCGCUCACAGGAGUACCCAGCUGUCAGCGAACGGUUGCCUUCGAGAAGGCCUCGAUUCUCUUCAAUGCCGGCGCGCUCUACACACAGCUGGCCGCCAAGCAGGAUCGCAUGACCGCUCGCGGUCUUGAUCAGGCGGUCGACGCUUUCCUGAGGGCGGCCGGUACCUUCCGAUACAUUCACGAGAACUUCACGAACGCACCAAGCAUGGAUCUGGGCCCAGACAUGCUGGAGAUGCUCGUGCAGCUCAUGCUUGCUCAAGCGCGGGAGUGUCUUUUCGAGAAGCUGGAGCUUCAAUCGAGGGACGGGAGGAACAUUGACGUUUGCUUGGAUCUUGCUCAAGAAGCUGCUCAGGUGGCUGCUAUAUAUAACGAUGUCCACGGAUUGAUAUCGCGCGAGCCAGUCCGUGACUACGUCCCGGAGACUUGGAUCUCGUUGAUACUAGUGAAGCGUGAGCACCACCUCGCCCUUGCUCACAAGCAUAUCGCGGUUGGUCUGCUGGACAGACCGAUCGCCGAGUUUCGCGUAGAAACUAGGCUCACGUUGGAGCAUAUCCAGAAGAGCGACGGGAAGACGCAAUUGGACACGACAGUUCCCAGGGACGAUAAUGAGAGGAAAUUAUUGGGCAAGGCGCAUCUCAGAGAGGCUCUUGUUCUGCACGACGAGAGCCAACGACUGCAGAGAAUGUGCCGCGAUCUAAAAGGCAAGCAAGCUCUGGCGAGGGUUCUGAAGAAGGCGCAGGAAGCGACUCUUGACAGCUACAACAGAUUCGGCAACGAGGACGAUUUCCGAGAAUUGCUGGAUCCGCCUGAUAUUAUUGCUUCCACAAAAUUUCAACUUAGCAUCACCCAUCCGGAUUUCGGGCAACACGGAGUGGACGAUCUGUUCAGAUCGCUGGGACCCGUAGCGAUAUUCUCGGCCAAACGGCACUGGACCGCGCCGCGAUUGGUACAGCUCCAACGAGGUCCUGACGGCGAAGGCUUCGGAUUUAGCGUACGCGGCGAUGCUCCGGUGAUAAUAGCCGCCGUCGAUCACAAUUCGUUAGCCGAUGUUGGUGGGAUGAAGGAAGGCGAUUUCAUAGUCGGCAUCGGCGACAAGGACGUCAAAUGGGCGUCCCACGAGCAAGUCGUGCGGAUGAUAAAGCAGUGCGGCGACUUCAUAAAUUUGAAGUUAGUCACACCCAUGGACAGGAACUACUUAAAGACGAUGGUGAUGGAAGGACAACAGGAUCAGGAGCAGGAGUACAAGACCACGUUGGACUCGGAGAUGCUGGAGAUAGCUAGGCUGGAACUGCGCGAGGACGACAACACGCGGGAGCAGGCGUUGGAGCAGUUUCGCCAUUGGCUCGAGAAGCACCCGACGAUCAAGAAGUGCCGCACCAACUCGUUGUUCCUGCUGCGUUUCCUCAGAACGAAGAAGUUCAGUCUGCCGAUGGCGCAGGAGAUGCUUGAGCGCUACAUCACCUUCCGGCAGCUCUAUCCCGACUGGUUCAAGAAGCUCGACAUCGAAGACCCGGACCUCGAGGCCAUCAUCGACAGCGGCUACCUGGUGCCCCUGCCGAAGCGGGAUCAGCAUGGUCGCAAAGUGAUACUGUCGUGCGCAGGACGCUUCGAUCCGUACAAAUUCUCGUCGGUGCACAUGGCGCGGAUCCACAGCAUGGUGAUGGAGACUCUGAUGGACGACGAGGAGAAUCAGGUGCGCGGCUACACGUACAUCAACGACGUGUCGGGAUUGACGAUGGGCCAUCUGAGCGCAUGGUCCUUGACGGACAUUCGCAAUAUACUCAGGUGCAUACAGAACGGCACGCCGGUGCGUCACAAGUAUACGCAUUUAAUCAAUAUUCCCGGCAGCGUGGCGAAGAUCAUCGAGUUCUCUAUCUCGUUGCUGAACGACAAGCUCAAGGCGCGCGUUAUGAUACACAAGGACAUGGAUGAGCUGCGAGAUGCGAUCGAUCCGAAGAUACUGCCGGAGGAAUACGGCGGGGAGGUGCCGCUCGCGGAAAUGAUCGCCGAAUUUAAAAAGGACCUGAAGCGGCACAGAGACCGGCUCAUAGCUCUCGACGAGAUGUACAUCGAGAUCUCGCCGAAGGACUACCACGCCAACAACGAAGAGUUCGGCGGCAUAUGCGGUUCCUUCCGGAAAUUGGAAGUCGAUUGAGUCUACUUUCGCUGCGGGACCUCGCGAACUUCAUCGAUCAUCUACGUGCGACCGCACUAUCGAUACCGACUAGCAGCCGUUUUGCCAAAAAUCUGAAAUCUUAUUUUAUCUUUAGCGAAGAGAGAGUUAUAUAUGCGAGAGUUCUCGUAGAAUUUGUUAUCGUGUUAUCAUACACGAAUUGCGGAUACGUUGAUUAUGAAUACACUAAUUGAUUCGAGUGACAGCUUGCACCAACGAGCUCGGCUAACUGGCUUUUAUUAAUUGUGUCUUGCGUCUCUCUAGAAAUUUCUUAAUAACAAGAAAAGGUAUAUAUGUGUUAACAGGGGAGAAUAUAUUUAAUUAGUUGUAAUUAGCGCCGGCGAAGUUGGUGCAAUCGGGUUUGCGCGCGCGUGAAAUAAGAGAAGUCCGAUACAUAGUAAUAUCACGAGUGUUGCAAAUAAGCAUCUAUAUACAUUAAUUUGUACAAUAAGCGUAUGACCGUAACAAUUAAGGCUCAUUAGUGCGCACGAGUGCGUAAUACUCGCACUGCCGGUGGUACCAAGUUACCUAUGAUCUGUAAGUUAUUAAGCCCGACUAUACCGUUAAGAUGAAUCGUGACCUGACACACGUUCCUCGUUGCCGCUGCAAUAGGACGCGUCGUUCCAAUUACGAGACGGGCACUUAGCGAUAUCGCGUCAUUUUAAUCAGCAGACAUUGAUUGAAUUAAGAAACAGAGCUAUUAAGCACGCAUGUAUAGGAUUCGUUGCUUUACGUUUGUGUUGGAAAGUUCUUAGUUUACCCUUAAUAAUCCGGUAAAGGAUCCACUUACAUGAUUCUUUGGUGGAAGCGUAAUCGUGUGAUUACUUAGUUAUUAUUAGUUAUCGUAAUUAUACGCUAUAUGAAUUGUGAUGUCGAUCGAAUCUCUAUUACCAGUCUGUAUUUUUACCAGUGCUUCGUAUACGUUUGGCACAAGGCCGUGUGAUUAUGUAAAUUUGCCUUCGACACGAUCGCAUGCAUAAUUUGAUACACGAUAAACGAUAACAAGGUACGGUGAUGAAACGGCCAUAUUCUGCAUUGAAUCUCUGGUGAAAAUACAGGUUUACGAUCUUGUUAUAUACUAUUUAAUAUUUUUCUAGCUUGACUGGGGAUAAUAAUGAUAGUUACUUGUGGUAGAAGUAACAUUUUUAUAUAUGCAAUCUCGCGAAUUUAUUACAGAUAUAUUACUUGAAUAAGAAAAUAUUUUAUUUUAUCCAUGGCGAUUCUUUUAAGAGGGUAUAUGUUUAUCGAAUAAAAAUUUGCUAAUCGUUUCAUUGUAACGUAAAACAUUUAUUUUUUUUUUAGACAAACGUAGAUUAUUUUAUGAACUUAGAAGAGAUUACGGGUCGACCGUCGAUUGAAAGAGUAUCGAUGCACAUUAUCCGCCGUAAUACAGAGUUAAAACCCGCAUUUUACUACACAUGGUGAUAUCGUCUAAUUGAUUAUGCGCAAACACAUAAAAAUAUUUAGAACUUUGAUGAUACUGAACCGAUCGUGUAAGUAAACUAAACACUCUUCUUUGUACAUGCACUCACACUAAUUGUUGUUUAUUAAUUCUUUCAAGAACUUUGUGUUAGACGGAGCUGUCGUGUAAAGACUUCC